AUCUCCUGACCUCGUGAUCCGCCUGUCUCGGCCACCCAAAGUGCUGGGAUUACAGGCGUGAGCCAUCGCACCCGGCCAGCAGCUUCUACUUUUUCAAUUCAUAUAUUGUAUUUAAGAGAAAUUAACCAGAGAAUAAUUUAUUCAUCUUAGUAAGCCAUACUACCAUCUCUCUUUAUGUUCAUUCUAGUUCCUAAGUUGUUCUUCCAACUAGGUCUAGAAAAUAGUUGUUUUUAAUUAUAGAAGAUUGUUAAUAGUGUUAUGGCCUUUUUAAGGAGCUAAAGAAGAAAUUUUAUAAAAUUGGAAAUUGGUAGCUACUCCUGUCUUUUUAUUUUAUUUAUUUAUUUUUUUGAGACAGUCUCGCUCUGUUGCCCAGGCUGGAGUGCAGUGGUGCGAUCUUUGCUCACUGCAAGCUCCACCUCCCAGGUUCACGCCAUUCUCACGCCGCAGCCUCCCAAGUAGCUGGGAUUACAGGCGCCCACCACCACGCCUGGCUAAUUUUUUUUUAUUUUUGGUAGAGAUGGGGUUUCACCACGUUAGCCAAGAUGGUCUCAAUCUCCUGACCUCGUGAUACGCCCGCCUCAGCCUCCCAGAGUGCUGGGAUUACAGGCAUGAGCCACUGCGCCCGGCCUACUCUUGUCUUUUUAAAAUGUUACCUGGAAGUAGAAGCUCCAUUAGAAUCCCAGGAGGUUAAAAUCUAAUAGGCUGAACCAAUAAUUUAAUGAUGGUAGAAUUGAUGUAAAUAGAUUUCACUGUUGUGGAAGAAUGUUAAUGCUCUUUUAUGGCAGGGUUGCCACAGUGUCUGCCAAGGUAUUAUUAGGUGUUACUUUAAAGGAUUCAGUGGGGUUGUCGGUUGUUGUACCCUUUAUGGUCUCAUUUUGAACAGUUAAAAAUAAAGAUUUAAUUUGUGUUAGUAGUUCUUCCUUGUGUCACUGUAAACCUACACAUUCUACUAAGAGAAAGUCUGUCUUUCAGCUAUAGAUGUUCUUUCUUAAAUAUAUGUCAAGGUGGGUGAUAGUUUUAGACCCUUCUAAAAAUUCAAGACUGUGACAUAUUGAUCUCAAUUUAAUAUCACAUGUGCUUCUAUAAAAUCCAUUCUAGUCAUUUGCCUAAUAUGUUUAUGAUGCCACAAAUCAAAACACUCUUGUUUUAUUUUAAUUUUUUAACCUUGAAGGAAUUUUUUUAGAAGGACUGUCUCAACAUAGUUGAUGUUUUAAUUCUACAGUAAAAGUCUCAUUAACUGUUUCUUAGCAUGAAUGAGUCUUCUGAAUAUUAGGUCAAUUUUAGAAGUUUAAACAUUUUAAAAGCUUCUGUAGGAUUUGUGCUGGUUGAGUAAGUUGAUUGUAAAAAUGUUCACUGAAAGUUUGUUCAACUGAAAGGAAAUAGACAUCUUUAAGUUGGUAUAUUUGUGUGAGUGCUAAAAAUUUGUGCAUAUCAGGUUGUUUUCCCUGGGGUAUGAAUAAGGUAUAUGUGUGGAUGUUGAGCUUGAUUAGGAGGAAUGAUUACAUGGGCAAGACAAUCUUUCCCUGUAGUACCCUGCAACUAAAAAAAAAGAAAAAAAAGGAAAAUCCUUUCCUUCUCUCAACAAGUCAUAGUUUCAAUAAAGACCAAAGAACCAAUGCAUACUUUGAUUAGAGUUUGCUUACUUUUAUGAACCUUUGAAAACUUUUCAUAGGGUUCCUUUACUGAUGGUAAAACUGUUCUCAGGAAACAGUCAUUGUAUACAUUAGGGAUUAGGUUUGGAUGUAACAGAGACCUGUCUGUGGUGGUUUAAACACAUGAGGCUUUCUGUUCUCGUGUGAAAGAACUGUGCAAGUUGAAUAUCUGUGGCUGUUGUGGAGGCUCCUUAAAGUAAGUUAUCACACUUUUCAUUUUCUGCCAUCUGUCAUGUAGCUCCAUGGUUAACUCAUAGUCUAAGUUGGCUGCUUGGGUGCCAUCUUGGUGUUUGAACUUGGGUCAGUAGGAAGGAGGAAAGGGAGAACAAAGAAGAACAAAUAAGGUACCCCUUUUCUGGAGCCUUCCCAGGGGUCCCACAUAGUAUUUCUUCAUACAUUUAAUUGGCUAGAACUUAAUUGCAUGGCCACAUGCAAUAACACUGGGAAAUAUAGUCUUUGACCAGAGUCUGCUGGAACUCUAGUGACACUGGCAUUCUGUUACCUAUGGGGAAAGGGAAAAAUGGAGUUUGAGUCAGCAAUGAGGCUCCGCCGUGUUCAUUUAGCCAACAUUUAUGAAUAAUUAUUAUAGUUAGUAUAUUUAACCAGAUAUUGGAGACACAAUAUUAAGGAAAACAGUCUCCUUUAAUAUGAGGAUCUCUAGGCCUGUGGGAGAGAUGGAAACAUAAAUAGUUAUUUAUAAUGCAAUUGGUUAUUUCUAUAUAGACUUCUAUAGAUAUAAAAUCCGAAAAAGAAGAUAAUGGCCUAUAAGGUGUACAAAAAGCUAACUGAGCUCUAGAGGAGAAUUGAUUAAUAUGCAGUGGCUCAUUUACAAUUUAACACUAAAUGCUAAAUAGAUUGUGAUAGUUAUAAGCACAUUUGAUUUCCAAAAGGGGUUUUUAAUCCUGUACCUGACUUUCUGUGGCAUCAAAUAUAAAUAGAUGUAUACUAUUUUUGUAAAGAAAUUAUAUACUCUUAUAAUCAGAUGGUGCCAUGUAGCCCACAGAGCCAGUCAAAUUAUGAAAACAAGAUGUAUUCAGUGAAUUCAUCUAAUUACUGAAGCAGAUAAGGGCCAUGCAAUGUUAGAGUGGAUAGGUUUGUUGGAAAUAACCUAGCAUGCCUCCUCAUUUGAUGGAUACAUGAAUUGAGGCCCCCAGACACUGCCAGACUGACAAGAGAAGUUAGUGGGAAACAGACUAGGACUCUCAUCGGUUUCUAACACCUGUUUUAAGCUGCCGUUUUGCAGGAAAAUAAAGCCGUUAAAAGGUGUUCUUUGGUCCUGUUCUCCUUUUCCUUUAAGUGAUAAGGUCCAGUGAGAAUUAGUAGGGGAUCCAUCUGGCAGUUUUCAUUCUUUGUUUCCCUUUUCUUUGGUUGUGUUUCCGGAAGGGAGGAAGAAAGCAGGGGGCCCAGAGCUCAUUUUAUUUUUAUCCAUUCAUUAGAUGAAAUAAUGUCUACCUUUUAUAGCAGUUGUGGUGGAUCCCAAAUGCAUCUGUCAUGCAUAACCUUUUAAAAUGCUUCCUGACUUUGAAAGCAGUGGUUAUACAUGACGGACAUUGCUCACCUAACAACUUUUGUAGGAAUAAUGAUUUUGUGGGUUUUUUUGUUGUUGCUUUUUUUUUUUUUUUUUUUGAGACAGAGUCUCGCUCUGUCGCCCAGGCUGGAGUGCAGUGGCAUGAUCUCGGCUCACUGCAAGCUCCGCCUCCUGGGUUCAGACCAUUCUCCUGCCUCCGCCUCCCAAGUAGCUGGGACUACAGGCACCCGCCACCAUGCCUGGCUAAUUUUUUUUUUUUUUUUUUUUUUUUUUUUGAGACAGAGUCUCGCUCUUUCACCCAGGCCAGACUGCAGUGGCACGAUCUUGGCUCACUGCUACCUCCGUCUCCCGGGUUCACACCAUUCUCCUGCCUCAGCCUCCCGAGUAGCUGGGACUACAGGCGCCCCGCCACCGUGCCUGGCUAAUUUUUUGUAUUUUUAGUAGAGAUGAGGUUUCAUGGUGUUAGCCGGGAUGGUCUUGAUCUCCUGACCUUGUGAUCCACCCUUUUGGCCUCCCAAAGUGCUUGGAUUACAGGCGUGAGCCACUACGCCCAGCCAAUUUUGUGGGUUUAUUACAGUAAAAUCUCCAAAAGUUUAAAUCAUUAUUGGCUGUAUUAUCAUUUGUGAGGUGUUUGUUUAUAGUAUGUUCCUACUAUGUUGUAGAUACUUUUAUUAGGUACUAGAAAUCAAAGAUAAUUUGAUUUCAAUUAAAAGAGAUAUUCAGAAUAAUGGCCGGGGUGGUGGAUAGACUAUAUACACGUAAUACAUUGGGAAGACACAAAUACCACUGGACAGAGUACUGAAGGAGUGUGGAGGUGUUUCUCUAAGUCUGGCAGUGAGUUGAGCUCCUUACGAGGUGGCCAAGAAUAGCACGUUUAGCUCUAAAACUUUGUAUUCAAUGAAGUGAAUAGAAUGAUAUUGCUUAACUUGAAGUCACUUAAAUGUGGUUCUUUAAAAACUGAUAAAAGUGAUGGAAUGUUUACUUUUGUGAUUCAGUCAUUCUAGCACUAAAAUAAAAAGUAGAACAGUUCUCUCUGGCCCUCCUGUUGCCAUCUGACUCCGCAGAAGGAGUUAACAGUUUGUUUUGCAGAAAUGUCUAGAGAGCCAAGCACUUCUGUGAGUUGGAUGUGGGUUUAGAGAAUCAUAGCAUGUGGCUAAGAGAAGGAGCCCAAGCAUUAAUGAUAAAAUUAAUAAAUUAUGCAGAGUAAAGAAAUACUCUUAUUUAAAGUUAAUGCAUGACAUUAACAAAAGGAUUGAAUGAAAAUGUAGAUAUUUUUCUGCCUCAGGAUUAUAAGAAAAUGAGCCUUGUAACAUCUCAAGGCAGAUGACCCCCAGGAACAAACUUACUUUUUUUUUUUUGUAUUUUAAAAUAUUGUUAUAUCAUAGUUGUACAUCCAAGGACAACCUUAUUUAUUGUCUCAUUCCUGUGAACGUGUAGUGUAUAGUAUGUCCUUAAUAAAAAUUGAAGAGAUUCAGAAAAAUUCUCAUCUCUAUAUAGCUAGCCCAUCUUUUUUCUGGUGGUAUGUGCAACAAAAGCCAUAAUAUGAACUCUCUGUGUGUGUAUGUGUAUGUGAGAGAGAGCGAGAGCACACACUAGCUAAUUAGUGAAGAACUUGCCAUUCAAUGUUUAUUGUUUUAAAUGCUCAUUUAUUCGUAUUCUUGCAUUUUUAUUUUAAGUAGAACUUUUUAUAUUUUAAAAGUAGAAAAGAGUAUAAUGUAAUAACAACAGUCUCCUAGCUCACUCCUCCCUGAGUCCCAAUCCUCAGAGAACUAACAAUUUAUUCUGUAUUUAUGUUUAUGUUUCUAUCCUGCUGUCUCUUGAUUUAUCAAUUUAAACUACUCCUGUUAUGGAAGAAAGACAUUUAGUAUUAUAGUCUCACCCCAAUUUUACCUAUCCUUAUCCCCAAUAUGUCACAAUUUAAAUUCAAAUCGAUAUUGUUGAUGUUGUUAAGAGAAUGUAGAUAAUGGUUUGUUUUCCUGAGUCUAGUUGUAAUUAUGUUUGUUUUGUAGAUCUGUUUAUUUUUGUUGAUGUUACUUGUUAACUCUUUUUCCCCCCCAAUUUGCAGAGCCUUCUUAAUCUAUCACUGAUUUUCCCUUAGGCACAUGAGUUGACCACGCUAAGGGGGGGUUUCCAAAAUUCCCAUGCCAUUGUCUUCUCUCUUCCAGUGCAGCUUUUGAGAAGUCUGUUGACCAUCCUGAUUGCAGUUACUGUUCAUGGACCAGUUUUUUCUUUCUGGAGGCUUUUGGGAUCUUUUGGUAUUUUUAAAUUUUACAAAGAGCAUCUUGGAGCUUUGUUUUUCUUCUCUUGCUGGGAGCAGUCCUAUCAAUAUGGAAUAUCUUACCCUUCAAUUCUCCAAAAUAUUUUUAUAUUAUUUCUUUGAUAAUUUGUCUUCCUGUUAUUUUCCUUUCUUUUUGGAACUCCUAUUAUGUAUUAUUUCUCUCUUGUUUUUAAAUUCUUUUUCUUUCCUUUCUAUCUUUCUGGGAGAUUGCUCUGACUUUACUACAAUGCUUUGAUUUGAUUUUUUAAAUUUUGGCAAACUUAUUUUUAAGAAUUCUUUUUCUUUUCUUACUGUCUCCCUCAAAUAAGAAUGGCUUAUCUUCCUUUCCAGGAAUAUUGAAGAUAAAUAAGUAACUCUAAGGUAUAAAUCAAUGAACUUGACUAGACACUGUCACAAAACUCAUAACAAUAGUAAUCUUAAGCAGUUUUGAUGGGAGUGACAGAAACCCAAUUCAUGCUUAUUGCACUUGCUGUUACCACUAGCAAGGUAGGAGUCCCCAUAGAAAGAGAAGCCCUUUAAAAACAAAACAAAACAAAAAAACAAGAAUUUUGGUAUGUAUGUAGAUAUAUAUAUUUAAAGCAUCUUAAGAAUCAGGCCAGGCAUGGUGGCUCACACCUGUAAUUCCAACACUUUGGGAGGUUGAGGUGGGAGGAUUGCUUGAGCCGAGGAGUUGGAGACCAGCCUGGGCAACAUGGCAAGACCCUGUCUCUACAAAAAAUACAAAAUUAGCUGGGUGUGGUGGUGCGUGAUUGUAGUUCCAGCUGUUAAUAGUUGGGAGGCUGAGCUAGGAGGAUUACUUGAGCCCAGGAAGUCAAUGCUGCAGUGAGCUAUUAUGCCACUGCACUCCAGACUAUGUGACACAGCAAGAUCCUGUCUCAAAAAAAAAAAAAAAGGAAAAGAAUCAGAACUUUAUUGGACUUCCUUACACUUGCUUUUGCUUGGUAUCUUUAAAUCUUUCAGACACAUGGGGAAUACAUUGAGCAUGGGCUACCAGUAUAGUGUCUGUGGUCUUGGGGUGUCACUGGGCAUACAAAACAAUUAAUGUUCACUGAAUUUCUUCUCCCCUUGUUAUUUGGAAGAUUUUCCUUGUCAGAUGCUUUCUAGCACUCCCCCAGGGAGAGAGAGAGGGGAGGAUUGUCUCAUUGGGGCUUUCCCACUUCCUGGUAGGAUAGGCCUUAGCAGUCGUACCAUCAUUGAUCUCUCCCCAACAUAGGUUGGGGUUUUCUGGGAAUGCAUUUACCUUAACACCUUACUGACACCCUGUGAUAUUUGUAACUGGGGUUUCCAUGCACUUCUUUGGAAUUGGACCUUCUCUUGUGGCUUCUGUUUCCUCCUUGGUACCCAACCUGGAACCUUUGCCCAUCCCAACACCCUCUGCUUAGCAGCCGUGGCAGGGCAUUUUUCAUUCAGCAGCCUUGCAGGUGGUGUGAGUCUCUGCCCUGAAGUACUGUCCUGACUCCCAUGCAGCAUCCCCACCAACUCCAUUGUGACAAUGACUGAAUAUUGAUGUUAGGUAAAGGUACGCAAGGGAGGUGCUUAGUUUUCUUUGGCUCCUCUCACAUACUUCCUAUCUAAUUUGCACAAUUCUGUCAUUUCCCUGUGGUCAGAGGGUUUAGCUUCUACAUUGUCUCUCAUUGGAGCAGAUUACUCAAGAUUCAAAGAAUAUCUUCACAUUUUCCUAAAGUGUCUGCUAGAGUUUCACUUUCUGUGGUACAUCGUUUGUGAUCCAGGAGACAGACAGUAGUUUAAUGAGCUGUUUCCAUCUCUCAUUUCACUCACUGCAUGUUGAUGUCAUUCUCUUAGGCCAGCUUCCCUACAUAGCAGGAAACCUGCGUGUCAUGGUUUCUAGAUUUGCGUCUCAGAACUUUGCUCCAGAAAGGGACUGAAAUGUGAUCUCUCUGGUUCUACAUUCAGAAAUCCUGAGCCUGUGACUGUCUCAUGGGUCAGGUGCUCAUCUCUAAUCACUCAUAGCUACAGUUAUUAACUGUUUCUAUGGGCCAGGGAUUGUUUUCAGCACCUUACACAUUUUGUCUUAUUGAAGUUUAAAAAUGACAGUAUGAAGUAGGCAUAGGUGGCAAACUACAUCGUGUCCUGCCCUGUAUCACACAGCUACAGUGUGUUGGAACAAGGAUUUGAACUCAGGCAUUUGACUUUGGUGCCCUGUAUGCAGUUUAACUUGCUGACUCUAAAGAUAAUGGACCUAAUGUAAUAAUAGCUCCAGGGCUCCCCUGGGGCUGUAGCCCAUAGGCUGGGAAUGAAGCCCACAGGCUGGGAAUGACUAACCUAAAGGUUUAGAAUGAGCUGUAUUACAAAAAAUUAUCCCGAAGGCAAUAAUUCAAGUGAUUAUCUUGUUCAAACAACAACAUAUCUCCCGGAAAACUUCACAUACUCACCAUACCUCCCCUGUCCAGAAAAGCUGCCUUAUAUGCGAGGAUUCCUCAAUGUCAAUGUAAGCGAAGUCAGUUUUGAUGAAAUUCAUCAACUCUUCUCCAAGGAUUUAGAUAUUGAGCCAGGGGGUCAUUGGAGGCCAAAAGACUGUAAACCCAGAUGGAAGGUGGCAGUUCUCAUUCCUUUCCGUAAUCGCCAUGAACAUCUUCCAAUUUUUUUCUUACAUCUGAUUCCAAUGCUCCAGAAACAGCGGCUGGAAUUUGCCUUUUAUGUCAUUGAACAGACUGGCACACAACCUUUUAACCGUGCGAUGCUUUUCAACGUGGGCUUCAAAGAGGCCAUGAAAGACAGUGUCUGGGACUGUGUAAUCUUCCACGAUGUGGAUCAUCUACCUGAAAAUGACCGGAACUAUUACGGAUGUGGAGAAAUGCCACGUCAUUUUGCUGCAAAGCUGGAUAAAUACAUGUAUAUUCUUCCAUAUAAAGAAUUUUUUGGUGGUGUAAGUGGGCUGACAGUGGAACAAUUUAGAAAGAUCAAUGGUUUUCCUAAUGCCUUCUGGGGAUGGGGAGGAGAAGAUGAUGACCUUUGGAACAGAGUUCACUAUGCUGGAUAUAAUGUAACCAGACCAGAGGGAGACUUAGGAAAAUACAAGUCAAUUCCUCAUCACCAUAGAGGUGAAGUCCAGUUUUUAGGACGGUAUAAAUUACUAAGGUAUUCCAAGGAGCGUCAGUACAUCGAUGGGUUGAACAAUUUAAUAUAUAGGCCAAAAAUACUGGUUGAUAGGUUGUAUACAAACGUAUCUGUAAACCUCAUGCCAGAGUUAGCUCCAAUCGAAGACUAUUAAAAGAAGUGGCUGUCGUGGCAAGGUAGACCACAAUGCUGGAUCAUAAACUUGGAGCGCACUCUUAGUGGAGGUCAGUGAUUGGCUGUGUCACAGUGCCCUUUUCUCUGAGAAGAGCCAGCAGUCCACAAUGUUUACAGAGUGGGACUAUAUACAGUCAUCCUUCUCUCACCCGUCCUCCCUGCUCUGAGACACACCCCUGUGGCAGCACUGCAGAAACCAGAAGCCACUACUUAAGAUCAGAAGUUAAGAGAGCUCCCUACGAAGAGAAAAUUUUUAUACUAAAAAUCUAUAAUUUAAUUCAAGAGAAUGCUUUUAUUUCCAUUUAAACAUUUUGUAUAUAUGUGAUAUAAAUUAAUGUGUGCAAAUUGUUGAAAAAUUAGAUGUGUUGCAGUUUUGCAUGUAAUCGGUUAUACCUUUAUUGGACUUUUAUAGGCAUUUUUUAUUUGCAUGAAAAAACUCACUAAAUUUAUGUCACUAAACAAAGGUUAACCCUUGUGUGAAAUGAAGGAACUGUCAAUAAUUGACAGCCAACUAAUACAGUAAACUGUUAUACUAGUUUUGAGCUUUAGACCUCAGCCUUUUGUGUGGAAGAAGUCACAGCUUUCUUAGGCUUUAAAGGGAAAGAAGAAAGGACUUAAGUAGCUCUUCUUCCUACUGGGAUUACCUAUGUUUUUCCUUGCUUGCAAUCUCAUCUGAUUUUGCUAGAAAUCACAACCAUAUUGUUUAUGCAUAUUGCAUGAGUAUUACCAAGAAAAAUCUUAAAAGUUAUGAUGUGACAUGAUAUAAAGGACCUCUUUAUGUUAAAUGUCUUUCAUGUACCUCUGGUGUGUCAGGGAUUUUGUGCCUCAAAAAAUGUUUCCAAGGUUGUGUGUUUAUACACUGUAUUUUUUUUAAAUUCACAGUGAACAGCACUUUUAUUAUUUCCAGUUCAGAAGAGCCAAAAAAAAGUAUCUUCAUUUAAAAAGAAAUCAAGUCAGUUUUUUAAAAAGAAUGAUCUAUGGAAGAAAACCCAAUAGUACUUAUAAUAUACAAAUUAAUUAUACUAUUAGAUAAGAAUUAAAUAUUCUAUUUUUAUGAAGAUAAAUACUUAGUAGAUAAAAAAAAAUUUUUAAGUUUAGUUCUCAGACAUAGAAUUUCACUUUUGGAGGGGACCCUUGAAUGUUAGUUUCAUUCAAACUAUAUUUUGUUUUUUUCACUUUUAAGAGAUUAUAUCUCUGGUGUUAAUUACUAAAAUUUUCUUUCUAAAAGUAUAACUUAAUAGAAUUUUCUUAAAAUACAUGAUCAGUUAUUCAGUGCACUGAUACUAUAAUGUCUUCUAUAUGUAGUAUCUAAAAGUAUAAUUUAAUAGAAUUAUCUUAAAAUACAUGAUGAGUUAUUCGGUGCACUGAUGCCAUGUCUUCUAUAUGUAGUAUCUUAUAUGUUUGCAUGAGUGUCAGGGCUUUGUCCAGUCAUCUUCAUAUGACUGUUCUCUGAAAAAAGGUCUUACUACCUGAUAUCAAGUACAUAUCUUAAUUUUGGAUGAAUUUUUCCACAGUAAAGCCAAACAGUAUUCUUUUUUGAAAAUUAGCAAUUAUAAAGAUUCUUUAAAAUAUCUUGAUAUUUUCACAAAUUUCAAACAAAAAAUUAAAUAUCUAUAAAGUGAAUCUUCAACAACAAUGAUGAGCAAUAGAAAUCUAUAUAUGAGAGAUGUUUGGAUAAUAUUUGCCUCAAGGAUUGUUUACCUAAAACAGAACUAUGGUUAUUUAUCUCAGAUUGUAAGUUUUAUUUUGAAGUGUCAUUUUUAUGGCAAUAUUGAUAACACAAAUGACCAUGGACUAAAUCAUAAAAUAAUUGAAUCCUUAUACUUUGAGAAAAUGGAUAGCUUCUCUGUUAUAAUACCAAACAAAAUAUUUUCAUAUUUAUUUCUUAGAACUAUUUCCAAAGUAUUUAUAUUUCAGUUUUUUUGUGGUACUCGAUGAAAAAUCAAACCUUCUGAAAAUUACGAUAUUUGUACUUAAUUUGUGUAUUAGUUCAUUUUCUGUCUCUAUUACAUAGUUUUUAAAGUCAAUGAGAGACUGAGAAUGUUAACAUUUGUUGAUCAAUGUGGAGCUGUCCACAUUCAGUAUCUUUUCAUUUUUAUAUAUAUUUUACAGUUUCAAGAAAACUUAGUACUACUAGUAUCUGCCUUAUUUUCUUAAGUCUGAUGUUAAUUUUUGCUUCAAGAGUGAGAUAUAAACAUUUCGCUUUUUUUUUCAGUUUUGAAUAUGGUUUGUCAUCCUGUGAAAACCACCUAGUUUGCUUUUUGUUUGUUUUGCUUUUUUAGUGUAGACCUAAAAUUAUUUUUGCCUAUAAACAGUGACCUUAAUAUGUUUCUGUAAGAGUGACAGAGCUGUGCCCGUUUAUCUUCAUUGUAUUAAUUAUUACAUAAAGAUUAACAAAUAUAUUGCAAAUGCAAAUUAUCUUCUUUAUAGGAUGUUUGGAGGAUUUAUGAAUGAGCAUAUAUUCAUUGCCUAUUCCAUAUCCAGUGCAAUGCUAGGUAUGUCUAUGGAAAGAGUAUUAUUAUUUCAUUUCUAAACAAAUGAAGUCAAGCAAAUUAAGAUCUUUCUGAAAUUAUGAAGACAUCCUCUGAUGACUUAUCUGUUGUAUUUCCUAGUCUCAAAGUCAAGAAACCCAUAUAUGUGGACCUAGGGCUAAUAGGAGGUCCCUAUGGCACUAACUGGGAAAAUUACAUGGUGCUUUUCAACUACAGAAAGAAGUAAUGACUAAUGGGCCUGUCUGUAGAGAAGAAAAGGAGAAGAGUACACAUUUGCUGGAGCUAUAUAUAAUUCACAAUGGAGAUAGUUAAUUCUUUGCCAAAACUAGAGUUUUAUGAGUAUGUUUUAAAUCUACAUUUAAGUUUUUGUUUUUGUGAAAAGGUAUUCAGUAAGAAAACUUUAUAAUAUUAAGUAGACACAGUUAUGUAUUAAAAAUUUCCUUAUCUACCCUUCUGCCAGCCAAGAUACUGAUACCUGUUUUAAAACAAAAUGGAAAAAUGUCCAAUACAAUAUUCUCUUUCUGGAGGCUUCCUACAAGUGAAAGCAGAUUUUGUCAUUUUAUUUGGCCUUUGCUUGUCUUUGAUAUAUUUAUUUAUGUGUUUUUCAAAUAAAUACUAUUCUGGAUUUAUUGUCUUGAAUUUGCAAGUAUGCUGGUUGAGAGAACUAAAAUGGUCAUAGUAUUGUUUAUCAGAAAGAGGAAGUGUACUUAAGAUUAUUUUAUUUAUUUAGAUGAAAGGCUUCUACAUAAAUGCACUGAAAUAAAUGCUAGUAAUUUCUUGUAUCCCACUUCUUUUUUUGCUUCUCAUGGAAAUGUUUGUACUUUUUUAUCAUUGUCUUUUAUGAAAUAUAAUGUUCUAAAGA